AUGCUAAUGCCAGGAGUCAGAGGUGCAAUUGCUGCUGCUGAGGGGCCAAUUGAGUCCAAGAAGCUGGAAGCGCAGAUUCUGACUGGGGUCACUGUGGGUCCAGUCUUUGGGACUCAGGAAUUAUCCAUGGCAAUGCCUUUCCACAGGCACAUUCAGGAUCUUGAUCAUCGUGUGUGGGUCCUUCAGGGCCAUACCCUCACAAUGGUCCCAAAGAGGAGAAAUGUGGUUCCAGUCACUGUUGAUCUGUAUCCCUGCCAACAUCUGGAGACCCUUGAGAAGGACAGAGGGAAUCCCAUGUACCUGGGACUGAAGGAGCUGCAAAGUAGCUUGUUCUGCACAAAAGUUGGGGAGCAGCCUGAGCUGCAGCUUAAUAAAAGGACCAUAGACAAUCUUUACCACCAUCCACAGCCUGAGAAGCCCUUUCUCUUUUACCACAACCAAGCUGGCAACACCUCUACUUUCGAGUCUGCGGCUUUCCCUGGUUGGUUCAUUGGCACUGGCUCCACAGGAGAAUCUCCAGUCUUUAUGACCCAAGAAGUGGGGAAGACCCAUGUCACUGAGUUUGUGCUGACUACAAUGAGCUGA